AGAGCGCGUCAGACUGGGCUUCCCUGAGUAACCUCUGCGGCGGACCCACCGGCGCUCGGAUCCUCUCCCACGCUUCUCGCCGACUCCUCGGACCCCAGCAGCCCGGGAAGGAGGCCGCUUCAGGCCGGGAGCCCGCUCCGCAAGACGGACCUGCAACCCGGAAAGGCGGCGCGGCGGCGCCCGCAGCCCGCUCCUGCCGGGACGGGGCCCCCGCGGGCCGGUGCCGCGGGCAUGUCGGAGGCGCGCAAGGGGACGGACGAGUCAGACGAGAGCCAGUGCGAUUCGGGCAUCGAGUCCCUGCGCUCCCUGCGCUCCCUGCCCGACACCGCCCCGGCCUCCGCCUCCCGGCCCCCGGGCGGCACGGGCCCCCAGCCCUGGACCCAUCCUCCGGGAACCGCCAAAGAGCUGCAGGACAAGGAAGACACAGAUGGGGAGCGGGCUGACUCCACCUAUGGCUCCUCGUCGCUCACCGAGUCUUUGACCUUUUGGGGGGGCCCUGAGGCCGAAAACCCACCCCCGGGCUCGCCGCUCCCCGCAGCUGGGCCGCUGAGCCCGCAGCAGCUGGAAGCGCUCACUUACAUCUCGGAGGACGGAGACACGCUGGUCCACCUGGCGGUGAUUCAUGAGGCCCCAGCUGUGCUGCUCUGUUGCCUGACUUUGCUGCCCCAGGAGGUCCUGGACAUUCAGAACAACCUUUACCAGACAGCACUGCACCUGGCUGUACAUCUGGACCAGCCAGGUACAGUCCAGGCCCUAGUGCUGAAAGGGGCCAGCCGCAUGCUACAGGACCGACAUGGUGACACAGCCCUGCAUGUGGCCUGCCAGCGCCAGCACCUAACCUGUGCCCGUUGCCUGCUGGAAGGACAGCCAGAGUCAGGCAGAGGACCACCUCACUCCCUGGACCUCCAGCUGCAAAAUUGGCAAGGUCUGGCCUGUCUCCACAUCGCCACUCUGCAGAGGAACCAGCCACUCAUGAAACUGCUUCUUGAAAAUGGAGCUGACAUUGAUGUGCAGGAGGGCACGAGUGGGAAGACAGCGCUGCACCUGGCUGUGGAGACUCAAGAGCGGAGCCUGGUACAGUUCCUGCUCCAGGCCGGGGCCCGGGUAGACGCCCGUAUGCUCAAUGGGUGCACACCCCUGCACCUGGCUGCAGGCCGCGGCCUCAAGAGCAUCUCGUCCACCCUUCGAGAAGCAGGUGCCGACUCUCUGCUGAGGAACGUGGAGGACGAGACGCCCCAGGACCUGGCAGAGGAUGCGGCGCCCCAGGACCUGGCUGAGGAUCCCUUUGCUCUUUUGCCCUUCGAUGACCUGAAGAUCUCUGGAAAGCCACUGAUGUGCGCCGACUGAAGCCAGGGCAGGGUCUGGGGCCCUGGAGGCUUCCCGUCUUCCCUUCUGGAAGCUAGAGCCACAGUUGCUGCAGUUUGGGCCCAGGCAGCGUGCCCUCCGGAGUCCUGGGGACGGCUGGGCCAGCACAGCCCUGAGCUGAGAGGAGGGAUCACAAGUGAGGGCGAGCCAGUCCGGAAAGAAGAGCUGCCCAGGUGGACGGAGAUUCUUGGAAGACCCCUCCCACCCCGAAGCCCCCGGUAUCCUGGGUGAAGCCUGUUGACCUCUCUGGAAGAUGGCAGGGGCUCUUGUUCCUACCCACGCCGCCGGGUCACCCUAAAACUGCCAACCAAUAGGAAAACGAGGACUCUCCUGGGAGAGGAAACUGAAAUACGAGCAAGCAGAGCCCUCAGAGCUCCCAUCUCACUGCUAUUGAGAACUGUUGUUUAAAGACUUGACACACAGAAGGCCCUGGACUGAGCCUUGGGGAAGGGGAAGUUUCAAAAACAUGACACUAAAACGGCAGAGACUUUAAAAAGGUUUUCCCCCCUAGAGUUGUUUUGCGCCAAUGCAUGUCUGUGUGCACCGGGGGUUUUUACACGGGCCUGUCCUGUGACCUUGUGGUGGAGGCAGAGCGGAGAGGAUCACCUUAGCAGGGGAGGACCGUGCUGGGUGGGCGGGGAGGGCUGCCAGUCCUCCGGCCUCUGUCCAGCACAGAUCCUGGCCCUCUCUGUGGAAAUGCAGAGGGGGGAGGAAAGGAGAAGGAGAAGUAAGGAGGUAGAAAUAAGGGGGCCUCACCACUCACUUCCUCGGAGGUUGUGGGGAGCAGGGCCGGCCUCGGGAGGGGGACACAGGGAGCUAUGGCUUUUCCUGUGUUGUGUUUUUUCCUUCCCCAUAUUCCACACAUGUUUGAGGGACCCGGUAGGUCAGGCCUUUGCUGGGGUGAAGAAUAUGGGAACAAAUCAACACAGUCCCCGGCCACUUGGAGCAUAGAGUCUAGUGCAGUGACGGCGAACCUUUUGAGCUCGGCGUGUCAGCAUUUU